GAAUAUAUUGGGAUAAUCACUAUUGGAAAGCCCUACCAAUUGUUUAAAGUAGCAAUUCAGACGGGGACAUCUACAUUGUGGAUUCCAGCACCUGACAGCGACACGUCGUGUAACGGUAAAACGCAUUUCAACCCGAAAAUAUCAGGCACAUUCCGAGUGACUGGAAGAGAUUUCGAUUUGACAUACGGUAUGGGAACAAUGUUUCAAGAUAGAGUAUCUGGAUAUAUGGGUCAAGAUUUGGUAACUUUUGGAGCUUAUGAAAAAUCACAGUUGAAGAUUCCAAACAGUAUUUUUGGAUUGGCAUUGACAAUUACUACAAGAUUUUAAAAUGUUUCCAACAUUGAUGGUGUCCUAGGUCUUGCACCUUCAAUGAACUAUGAUCGAGUAUUCUUAUCUCCACUUUUAAAUGCAAUUCAACAAGGACUACUAGACGAUCCACUUUUUACUGUUUAUCUGGAAAAGCAUGGUUUUACGAGCAAUGUUCCAGGUGGAAGAUUUACCUAUGGAGCAGUUGAUAUUGAUAACUGCGGGCCUGUGAUUGACUGCUACCUUUUAUUUCAGCAAAUAGUUACGGAUUCAUGAUUGAUGGUGUUUCUAUUGGAAAUUACACGUUAACUCGGAAAAUGCAAGUCAUGACUGACACGGGAACUUCGUUCAUUGCUGCCCCAUUCUAUGUGCUCAAUGAAAUUAUUGUAACCCUUGGAGCAACUUACGAUAACACGACAAAAAGCUAUUAUGUUUCUUGUAAUUCUGAGAAACCAAAUUUGAACAUUGUUAUCGGAAAUAACAUCUAUGUUGUUGAGCCCAAUAAUUAUGUUAUUGAUAUAAACCAAGGUGACAAAUGCCUGUUGGCUAUCAGUGGACUUAGUGGAUACGGUAUGGGUCCUACAUGGAUUUUGGGAACACUAUUCAUGAGACAGUUCUGUCAUGUUCACGACAUUGGGAACCAACAAAUAGGCCUUGCGAAAAGUCUUCAGAAAUGA